GGAAGCUCUGCACUCCUACGACGACCUGACCAAGUUCCAGGAACGAGGAUCAAGAACGAACAUCUCAUACGAUGCCGACUCUGCAGCAGUGACGCUGAAGGCUAAGGAGGUUUUGCCAGCCAACACAGCCGUAACCGUGGGCUAUGGUGUUCGUUCCAAUGCAGAUUAUUUGCUCUACCAUGGCUUUACCAUGCCCCAGCGGUGGAGCGACGUUACGCUCUGUGCCCAGUACACCAUGAUAGAGCUGCCUCUUCCGACAGACUUCCCAGCCUGGAAGUCUAGGUAUCUGCCUCAUUCAUAUAGAUUCGCGCUGCCCGCGUGUCCAAGCCGCAAGUCCACGCCUCAUGUAGCCAUCGGCGCAGCCAGAUUCCUUGUGGCGACAGAGGAAGAUGUCGUCAGCUUUGAAGAUAGACUGGCGCAGGAUUCGUCGCUGCUCGACGGUGCCCACGUGAACCGGGGCGACAAGUUCCUGCAUCACGCCGCCCAGGAGGCCGUCACUGUAGUUUGUGACGUGAAGGUGCAGCCUCCUCUCUGUAGAGUUCCUCUGUCGGUUUCCAGCGAGCGCGCCGCAUGGGAGUUUGUCAAGAGGCAGACUUUGGCCCGAGUGGCACAGCAUGUUGGGACCAUCUCGGAGGAUGACCGGCUGCUGGCCCAAGACGACAGCCAGAACAGCUUCAGCAUCAACCAGCGCCAUGCCGUCAUCGUUCGGCGAGAGGAGAGGAUGGUGUUGCGGAGCUGGUGCAACGUCGUUGUUCGAAUAGCCGCUUUCUUGAACACGCCGCAGGCCGAGGAGUCGAUGGCAACGAUCAAGCUCCCCGAUGACCAGGUCCUCGAAAACGACGAACCACGUCAGCGACCACGGUAUUGGGCACCAGCCUCAGCAGCCCUUCGCAAGUCAUUGCGCGGUGGCCGAGUUCGAGACAUGGCACCAACAUGA